GCGCAAUAAAUUCUUUCAUACUUUCUGUUGUUUACAUCGAAACCUGAAGAAGUAUGAAUAAAAUGGAUUUUCUAACGUUCAUCUUUUGGAAUUAAGGUAUUUCUGUGAAGAUGAAUGCAUUGAUGUAGUUUGAAAGAUACUUUGUUUCUAAAAGAUGGAAACUAAAAUGGCAACACAACAGGAAAUGAAUGUCAGAGUGGCAGUUAGGGUUCGGCCACUUCUGCCAAAGGAGAGAGUGUCUGGAGAAGAAAUGUGUGUAAGAACCAUGCCAUCUAGUAAUCAACUCGUGCUAGGGAAGGACAGAGGAUUUACAUUUGAUUAUGUUCUCUCAUCCAAAACAACACAGGAAGAGGUAUACAAGUCUUGUGUGGAAUCUCUGGUCAGAAGUAUAUUUGAGGGAUACAAUGCAACAGUUUUUGCUUACGGACAAACAGGCUCUGGUAAGACAUACACUGUGGGAGGGGGAAACAUGAAUUCCAUCACUGAGGAGGAGUAUGGCAUCAUCCCCAGGGCUCUCAAAGACAUGUUUGAUUACAUGCAGGCCAACAAAGAGAUGGAAUACUCGGUCAAGGUCUCCUACAUAGAGAUAUACAAAGAGGAGCUACAAGAUCUGCUGGACAUUGAGACCCCUGCCAACAAUCUCCAUGUCAGGGAGGAUGAUAAAGGCAACACUGUGAUUAUUGGGGCGAGGGAGGUGGAGUGUGAGACUCUCGAUGAUGUAAUGAGUUUGCUCGAGUCAGGCUCAUCUGUUCGACACACAGGGUCAACUCAGAUGAAUGAGCAGUCCAGUCGAUCUCACUCUGUUUUCACUGUUAACAUUGGUCAAAAAUGGUCUGAAAAUGAUGUCAUGGCAGAGAAAAGAAAGCAAAGUGAAAGUACAGAAUCUUUGGAUGAAGGAGAGUUGCCGUCUAAAGAUAUUACACACACCAUGUUUGGAAAGUUUCACUUUGUUGACCUAGCAGGAUCAGAGAGAGCUCACAGGACAGGAAAUGUGGGGGACAGAUUCAAAGAAUCUGUACAUAUAAACUCGGGUUUGCUGGCCUUGGGUAAUGUGAUCAGUGCUCUAGGGGACCCCAAGAAGAAGGCCACACACAUCCCGUACAGAGAGUCCAAGAUUACCCGUCUUCUUAAGGAUUCUCUCGGAGGGAAUGCCAAGACCUUGAUGAUUUGCUGUAUAAGUCCAUCCUCGGCUAAUUUGGAUGAAUCCCACAAUGCACUGAAAUAUGCUAACAGGGCAAGAAAUAUAAAGAAUACACCUGUAGUAAACAGAGAUGUGCAGUCAAUUCGCUUUGAAGAAAUGCAAACUGAGAUUAAGGCCCUGCGUGAGGAGUUGGUGAGACAAAGGACAUCCAUGUUGAGUAAUGGCUGCGGAGACUCGGUCUACAACCCAGAAAAAGCCAUGCAGGAUGCACUACAGAUGAAGAAGCUCGAGGACCAUGUCAUCAGGCUACAGACAGAGUGCUCCCACUACAAGAUGAUAGCAGAGGAGGCGUAUAGACAGCUGAUAGAAAUCCAACAAAAAGACAUCCUGUCUAAGAGUCAGGACGUCCGGCUCAAGGACUGGCUGGACUUAAUGGAGGAGAUUAAGAACAAGGUGCCAGCCACCCUAACAAAGGAGGAGUUGGAGAAUCAGACAAUUCGAGAUCUACAGUCCCAGCUGAAUAAGUGCAGAGAAGAUCUCAAAAGUGAUGAGGAAAUCUUUGCAGAGAAAAACAAGGAAUUUAAUGGACUUAGUGAGAGAAACGAAGAUCUGGGUAACUUGUUAGAGGAAAGCAACAAGAGGCUAUCAGAGGCUGAGAACCAGAUUAAAAAACAGGAGCACCAGUUGAUAGAGCAGCAGAUUAAGAUUGAGGAACUGAACAGAGCUCUCAAGGAGGAUAUCCGUGACAGUGUCAUUAUGACAAACCAGGAUGAGCUGUUCAGUGAGAGCAGUAUCAUUGAGGAAGAGGCGGUGACCUCCAGUGCCCCCGCUGGAAUGACCGGGGGUCAGAGACCCAAGUCCGUGCCCGUCCAACUGUCCAGGAGACCGGAUGCCUACCCAGGGCUGAGACCUCCCUCCAGAAAUAUCAAGACCAGCCCGGCCCUGUUCACACUGGAGCGGGUGAUGAAGAGCUUCAGGGCGCGCAGUCAGCUACUGGUCAGUCGGCUGGAGGACAGCGAUGAAGUCAUGCAUCAGACAUUUGAGGAAGAGGAGGACGUGAAGGCAGCCAUAGGUAGCAGUCUUGGAGAUGGCAGUAAGUUUACGAGAAAAGGAACUUAUAAAGUUAAGAGAGGCAAGACAGAAGACAAUAAAGAAAACAAUGGAGACCAGAUGAAUGUCCCCUCUAUCAGGAUCAGUAAACCAUUGUUUAGGGGAAGCCUGUCCUCGUCAGCUGGUGACACGGUGUACGAUACAGUAGAAGAUCGCCUCAGAAAGAGCAUCAACACCCAGCGUAAAAUCAAGGAAACCCAGAUCAAGAUGUCGGAGGACCACCAGAAAAUGAGGGACCUCUCCAUCAACAUCAGAAUGAAGGAACAGCUUAUUAAAGAACUAGUGAAGACAGGAAAGGAUGCAGAAACCCUCAAUAAACAGUAUGCUGAUAAAAUCAAGCAUUUAGAGAGGGAGAAGGAGAAGACUCGCUCAGAGCUGGAGGAGACCCAAAAAGUGUUGACCGAUCUAGAGUCCAACAAACACCAGGAGAAGAUUGAAAAGCAGCGACUUCAGCAAGAAUACAAGAAGAAAAUAGAACUGGCAAAAGCCAAAAUGUCGGCCAUUCAGAGAAAACAGAAGGAAACAGAGAAAAUUGCCAACUUCUCGGCACAGAACAGCAAAAAGAUUUCUGAUUUGGAAAUGCAGGUGGAUAGGAUGAGACAACAGCAGGAUCAGCUCCAGAAACGCCUCAAGGACGAAUCAGACAAGAAAGGCAGACUAGAGAAAGAAAUGCAGAAGGAAGCACAGAAAGUCAAGGACUUACAGAAAAAGAACGAGCAGCAACAGAAACUGCUGAAGAAGAAAAAUGAGGAGAUAGCUGCUGCCCAGAGGAAACUGAGGACAGGUUCCCUGCCUCCCAUCCAAAUUGAUGAUAUAGAAAAGAUGGAGGAGCAAAGGCGUUGGCUUGACAACGAGGUGGAAAAAGUGGUGGAACAACGACGACAGGUGGAAGAGCUAGAGGAGAUGGUUAAAAAGAGAGAAGAAAUUGUUAGUAAAAAGGAGGCCAUAUUGAAUGAGAAGAGUGAAUUAGAAAUGAAGAAGUUGCGAUCAAGUCAAGUUAUAAACAAGAACAUCUUGACUGUGUCCACUAAGUUGGAUACAGUGGACAGGAUGAUUGAUGAGAAGAACAGGGAACUAGCCCACACACCACAAGGGGACCAGCAAAGAGUGCGUGAGGAGCUGGGACUGUUACAGAGCAACAGAGACACACUGCAGAAGAAGAGGGCAGUUCUCGAGGAGAAGCUUCAGGAGGGCAAACUAUUAUCUGGUCAGGAGGAGCGAAGAAUGAUAGAGUUAGAUGAGGCCAUUGAAGCAUUGGAUGCUGCCAUUGAAUACAAGAACGACAACAUCAGUAGCAAGAAACUGGAAUUUAGACACUCCCAAAUUCUUUCUCAGAGUGAGGAUUCAAUCACAAACAGGCUGAAUGCUUUGUCAGCUGUAGAAACCAAAACACUGUUGUCCAAAUACUUUGAAAAAGUCAUCAAUUUACGAGAACAAGAGAGAAAAACUGAGCUCCAAUGCAGUGAAAUGGAGGUUAAGCUGGAUGAGCAAGAGCGCUUGAUUCGAGAACUAGAGGGGGCGCUACAGAGGGCGGCAGUGGAGGUGGAUCGCCGGCUGACCAAACAGCAGAGGGAGUAUGAACAGAAGAUGCAACUGCUGAUGCACCAGAUCACCACCAGUAGCACCGCAGUGGAGGAUCAGCCAGUGACGGAAACCACAGAGUCAAAAAUUCACAGGCUUGAAAAAGACCUUUAUUUCUACAAAAAGACAAGUAGAGACCUAAAGAGAAAGCUGAAAGACCUGAUAGCAUCAGGAACCAUUCGAUCUCAAGAUAUGGGAUUGAAUUCAUUACAAAGCUCCGUUGAUGAACAAGAGUUCCCUCCCAUGUCAAACAACCACUCGCACAUUCCAGGCUCUCUCAACCGUGAAAGAGAGAGCCGCCCACUGAGUGGAAGAAGUGACAGUUCUCGACCAAACUCCGCACGGAAUGCCGUGGUGACACACACUAGUAUAACUCCAGUCAAAAUAUCUAGAAAUAAUCUCCGCCUGAUGUCAGAGAAGGAGGUGUCAGUCCGGCGGUCAAAUCUCAGCACCAGUCAACAGAGUGUGGGAUCUCCACCCCCUCCACACGAUUCUCUAGACCCUGGUGGAGGAAACAACCCAUGGGGCUGAAGCUUUUAAUCAAAUAGAUCUGUAUUAUUUUAUGUGUUCAUUAUAACAUGAUGGUUGGUGCUGUCUGUAUUAUGCCAUGAAUUAUUUCCCCCUGUCCACCAGAGCCGAGGCAAAAGCUGUACAGAACAGUUGAUUGAUCUCUCUGUCCUGGGAAAAAGGGAUACAAGGAUAACCACGGGAUACAGGAACAUCCUGGGAUACAGGAACAUCCCGGGAUACAAGCUCAUGUUCCAGGAAGUAGCCGCAAAGAGACCUCACCAAAGCGGGCAAUCUGUUCCUGUACAGUACGAGUCAAUUUCCCUUGUGACAAUUCUAGUUUAUCAAGUCAUUUGCAAUGAUAUUUAGUGAACUGCUGUAAAGGUUUCUUUUUUUUAAAACCAGUUUGAAAUGAAAAUUUUGUGAACAUAUAGAAAUACACGUGUAUUUUGUUUAAUUAUUACAAGGAUUUUUGAGGGGCACUUUAUGCUUACCUAUUUUGUUUAUUGUGAAUUUACCAUAAUAUAAUUUAUUAUUACAGUGUAGGUAUGGAAACCUAUAUUCAUGUACAUGUAUUAUGAAAUGGCAAACUUAUCUGUACAGAUGGUGUAAAUGUAGUGUGAAAUCCACAUUAAACAUAUGUAUCAACAAAAUCCAUACACAGUAGUAUGGGUGUCAUGUUUGAUAUAGUAUCAGUGCUUGCUCCGUCCCUCAUUCUGAUUCUUCCUCUUUGUGUGUGUGUAUUUAUUGAUUGUCCAUGAUAACCUACGAUACAUAUAUACAUUACGUGUACGUUGUAUUGGCAGCAUGUUUUGUGUGGUGGGCAGAGCCCCAGGAUCUUAUUCUGUCUCAGACUAGACCAUAGAUUUUAACGAUCUCUCUCUUCUGAUGCUAAACUGCCAUUAAGUAUUGGAUCUUUUAAUUAAUUAACAUGAUAACUUGAUUAUCUGUGAGUCCUGAGACUUCUGGUAACAAUUUUCUGAUUAGUGCUGUGUUCAUAACUAGAUAACCACUUGUCAUGUUUUACAGGUAGUGCUACUUGAUACCCUGAUCUGGUUUUAUUUCUAUUUUUUUAUACUUGCUGUAGUUAUCAAACAGUUAAUGAUGUAUUAUAACUAACUGAUGCAGUUAGGCGCAUGGAGUGUAGUCAGACACCAGUUCACUGUUAUGUGUUGUUAUAAGCUAGUUUUACAAUUUUGUUCCAUUUUCUUGAAAUAAUUCACUGUCACAAAGAACAUAAGAUGCUAUAUUUAUUGAAAUGAAUAAUAAAAGGUUGAAUCUCUCUAUAUAAA